GUCAUCACCCCUGUUACUGCGCCUGCGCGCUGAUCGCCUGCUGUGAAGAAGAUGCCGGGGUUGCUGCUCGGAGAUGUCUUCCCCAACUUCCACGCAGAAACCACUGAUGGCUCCAUUCAAUUCCAUGACUUCUUGGGUGAUUCUUGGUGUGUCCUGUUCUCCCACCCGGGGGACUUCACCCCCGUGUGCACCACCGAGCUGGGCCGCGCUGCACGCCUCUGCGCCGAGUUCACCAAGCGCGGCGUCAAGAUGGUGGCCCUGUCCGUGGACAGCCUGGAGGACCACCACGACUGGUCCAAGGACAUCCUAGCGUACUGCAGCAUGGAGUCAGAGAGGUCCUCGCUGCCCUACCCCGUCAUCGCCGACCAGAAGAGAGAGCUGGCCCUGGCCCUGGGCAUGAUGGACCCCGACGAGAAGGACAAGGACGGCCUGCCUCUCACCGCACGCUGUGUGAGGACCUCUGGGCUGUAUCCUGUUACUCUCCAGCCCUGUUCUCAACUUCCCUCUGCAGUGUUCAUCAUCGGUCCUGACAAGAGGCUGAAGCUGUCCCUGCUCUACCCCGCCUCCACCGGACGCAACUUCGACGAGAUCCUGCGGGUCGUGGACUCCCUCCAGCUCACCGCCACCAAACGGGUGGCCACGCCCGCAGACUGGCAGCCGGGGGACAGUGUGAUGGUCCCUCCAAGCAUGUCGGAGGCCGAGGCCAGUGUUCUGUUCCCCGCCGGGGUGUUCACCAAGGAGGUGCCCUCCAAGAGGAAGUACCUCCGCUACACCCCCCAGCCCUGAGGACCCCCAGCCCCCCUACACCCAGGAGGAGGAGGACCCCCAGCCCCCCUACACCCAGCAGGAGGCCCUGGACACCAGCACCAAAACCGGGGCCUUCCAACCAACCCAUCAACCCUGAAUAAUGUAGAAGAGUCAUUUUGGGAUUUAAGUGCAAUGGAGAGCACCCUUCAAAACAAAAGGACAAUCAGAGUGCUUUACAUCGGCAGAAUCCACUCUGAGUAGGGGACCUUUUGUAGUUCAUAACACUAAUUAUGGGUCUGUUCCUACCAGGGCACGGGGUAGGGGACGUUACCUUACUACUUUAGUCUACUACCCAUGCCCCGGUGAGUUGAUUGAAACCUGUGUCAGUCCAUUACCAAGAGAUACCAAAUUCCUACUUCAUAUGAAGGAGGCCCUGCAUGGGUUUAUUGGAAUACACCAUUUAUUGCACUAUAGCUGGUAGUUCAUAGGCCUACCAUCCUAAUCAUUAAGGACGCAUCUCAUUCAUGGGUUAUGACCAGCACAGAAGACCAAACUAGUUCUACCUUUGAGGAAUGUGGAUGCAUUUAAAUGUUCUUUUUCCACCCAUGUUUGAGUACACCAGGGGAGUUAAGGUGAGGAGGUAAGGUGAUUAAGGAAUAAUGAAGGUUAAAACACUUUGUCAUUUCUAUAAAAUGUCUAACAUUGAUCCGCUAUUCAAUUCCAGGGUUUAUUUUUCUGUUAUCUUGUUCGAUGUAAUUUGUAAUUUGUCGUUGGCUGUUGUCAGGCUCCAUUGUAUCCUUUCCUACUUUACCCAGGAAAACGUUUGCUACCCUCUCAACUUUAGGAGGAAUCAUUCAAUCAACUGUGAAAUAACAAUAUGUUGAACAGGCUUUAUUAUUAACUGUGAAAACAAGCUUCACAUUUGGCCCUUUGCUAUGAUACGAUUUGCCAAAUGGGCAAAUUAACACCGAUUGUCCCUUCAAGACAUCUUCUUGUUCUUUCAUUGGUUUCUUCUUGUGCUUCCAGAAUCCUCUUUUGUUGAUACAGGGCAUAUUCAACCUGUGCAAUACUCACAAUUGUAAAGCUGUGAUAUUCACAAAGUAUUAAAGUCUGGGGGUAAUUCUAAAUGAAGAGUGUUAUUUGCUUCAGCUCUCCAUGAUAGCCUUAUACUCCCUCUGGUGGUCGACGAGGCUUAAGAACACCCGGUACUUUCUCUCAUAGAAACUUGAAAAGAAAACACAAAAACACAGUCCAAGUUUUCAUUAAUAAUCAGCUUCAUGUUCUGAAGCAGGUACUGGGAAAACUUUAACUAAUGGAUGAUGUAAUUCAUCCCAAUAUUACAUGAAAAGACAACGCUGAAGCUAACCUCCUUAGCUCCUGCUUAGGCCAAACGACUUCUCCAACUUUGGCCAUGAUCUUCAUCGCGUCCUGCAGAAAGAGACGUUAGGUAAUAGGUAAUAGGGCUACCAUAAGACCUCCUAAACCAACAGCCCGCUUAUCAAUGUAAGAAUUUCCAUGUUUAACUCUAUACUUGCUUAGGUGCCUUGUCUUAAGCAUUGAAUUGCGAAGACAUGCCAUGUUAUUUACUCUGCCAUGAUAAAUAAAUAAAAUAAAUACAACUCUUGA